AUGGGCAGCUUUGUUUACAACUCUGCACAAUAAUAACUUCCCUAGCAGACUCCCCAAUCAAUCGUUAACACCCCAGUUAGAAAGUUUUAAACGGGAAGUUUCUUCAGAUAAAAUAGUUUCAAGCAAAUCACACAGAAUAAAUAGGUUUCAAUUGAUAUAAGUUAGCUGAGGGAUAGUUUCGAUGAUCUCAAUAUCGAUGAUGAAGAUGUAGGUAUAAAAAAGGAGGUGAAUAUUCGAAUACUUGAUAGCCAGGUAAGACAUGCAAGCAAUAAAAAGAAUAAAUUAGACUGUUAGUUUUAAAGUUUAAGGACUAAAAAAAAUUCUAAGACUCAUUAAGAUCCCAUUUCAUUAAGUAUUGAUCGAGCUAACUCAUUAAUUAAAGCAAAUAAAAUACAAUAACAAUAAAAUAUUGGGUGCUAAAAAGGUGUUAAGAACUUAAAUAAUUCUCAAUUGGGCUGUGUAUCUUUUGGAGCCUCAAAUGUAUUCUAUAUGUCGAAUACUCCACUUCAUACUGAUAAUUCUCAAAUUCUUGAACGAUAGCAUAAAGAUUUUAUCAACUCAAGACAAACUUUAUCGCCUAACAUCAACAGAGAUUUCAAUUAUCUGAGAAGUGGCAGAUUAAGUGUAAGAGAUGAUGUAAGGCAGUAUUAGUCGAACACAUAAAGAGACUCGUUAACAUUAAGAAUGCCCCGACAAAAGGAUUAAAGUCUGCUUUUGAAAAGAGAUCGCUUAAAUUCAGAAAGAAAUAGUAGACUGUCAGCAGGUGGAUUCAUGAAGUCUGAUAAUAUAUCUGCUGACAGUCGUUCUAACUUAGAUGAUUAAUUCAGAAGUUUUGUGAGAUUAACUAAAGAUCUUGUAAACCAAAAGAAAGUAACUACAGAGGCCUUUUAAAAACUUGUUUUUUCACCAGAGGAAGUUCAUCGAAGAAGAAGUGAUUAUCUUAGCAAAUAGAAUUAAAUGAGUCCAUGUGAAACUGCUUCAUGCCUCUCUUAAAUAUCUAUGAAUCCCAGUCAACUGUAUUAAGAGCUAUCAAUUAAAAUGAGAGAAAUUUAAAAUUUGAUGCCCUAACUUGAGAAGAUCAAUGAUAUGAGAAAGAAUGAAUAGAGAAAACAAAGUAUUGCCAAAGGAAUUAUUAAGGAUGAUACUAAUAGCAUUCAGAAUAAGCCACCUCUAUUGAAAAGGAAGCAAACAAACCAGGCAAAAAUAAGCCUUAAAUCAUUUCUUAAUCCUCAGAUUAAUAUUCAAGAAAAUAACUAUCAAAGUAAUCCUUAGUCAAAUGAUGCAUCUAAAAUUGACAUAAAAAGCCAAGGGACAAACUAUGCCACAAACUUUACUGAUCUGAGUAAAAAUGUAUAUUCAGAAAGAGCUACGACAAGUUUUAAAAAAUAUUAACCUAGUGAAACCUUGCUUGAAGAUAGUGUCUAGCCAUCUAACAAAAGUAGCUUUAAUUACAAGUUUCAAUAUUUCAAGCCAUAGGAAUCCACAAGAUUAGAUUCUGUAGGAAUGACACUCCUUGAUAGAUUUGAUAGUAUUUCCAGUAAACAAUUAGAGCAAUAACUUAGCUAUUCAAAGGAAAAUAGUUUAGCAAGGAAAAUAAAUUUGUCUAUUUACAAUGGGAAAUUUACAGACUAUAACACUUAGUAUGCAUCAUAAAAGUUAACAACUUGGGAUUAAAUUCCUUCUUAAUUUUACCCACCACUGUAUUUAUCAAUCCAAUAUUUAAGUUUGCAUGAUAUUAUCUUGAUAUAUGUAUUGGUCUUACUCGAAUUACAAAUUUUGUCUUAUCAAAGUAUUUCUUUCUUCUGA